AUUGGGCAAAAGCCUGCACAACUCAAAUUUUAUAUAUUCCCGUUGUAAAAGGCCAAACGUGAGCUGUUUCACGCACAUUUAGUCUUUUUAAUUUAUAAAAGAAUUCGAAAAGCAUGUCCAUUGAUUUCUCAGGCUGUAACAAGGCAAUCUCUGGCCAAAUUUAACAUUCAAGGAAUUUCACUGCUCCUUCAACCUGCAUUUUCUGAUUGUGUUGCUAAAGUUCAUAUUUUGAUCCAUUUUUUCUGAUAAAACUAAACCUUUUGUGGAAUACCCUUUUGUUGUCAGUCUGUGAGAACCCUCAAAACCUAAUUAUAAUUCCACCUGCUGUGAAAAUCCCGGGAAAUCUCGUCCUCUUUCAAGGUUCUUCCGUUCGUCAAAUUUUGAUCUGUUCUGAUUUACAACAGAAAUGUCGAAAUCAAAUCCGAACACCCCCUUGAUCCAACCUUCUUCUUCUCGCAAUCUACCUGAUUUCAAACAAUCUGUGAAAUUGAAAUAUGUAAAACUUGGCUACCAUUAUGUUAUCACUCAUGGGAUGUAUCUAUGUUUAUCACCACUACUUGUUCUUAUAGCUGCACAACUCUCCACAUUUUCAAUUCAAGAUAUGUAUGUCCUCUGGGACCAUCUUAGGUUCAAUCUCGUUUCUGUGAUCGUAUGUACCACCCUCUUAGUGUUUCUAUUUACCCUUUACUUUUUAACUCGUCCCCGACCUGUUUAUCUUGUGAAUUUUGCAUGUUAUAAGCCUGAAGAUGCUAGGAAAUGCCCUAAACAGAUUUUCAUGGAAAGAUCCCGUUUGACAGGAACUUUCACUGAGCAAAAUCUUGAGUUUCAAAAGAAAAUUCUAGAGAGGUCAGGCCUUGGAGAGUCAACUUACCUCCCAGAGGCAGUUUUGAGAGUUCCUCCCAAUCCUUGUAUGGCGGAGGCAAGAAAAGAGGCUGAGACUGUAAUGUUUGGUGCACUUGAUGAGUUAUUUGAGAAAACAUCUUUGAAACCCAAAGAUAUUGGGAUCCUGAUUGUAAAUUGUAGCUUGUUUAAUCCAACACCUUCUUUGUCUGCAAUGGUCAUUAAUCAUUACAAGCUUAGAGGGAAUAUUAUUAGUUAUAACCUAGGUGGAAUGGGUUGUAGUGCUGGUUUGAUCUCGAUUGAUCUUGCAAAAGAUCUUCUUCAAGUGCAUCCAAAUUCAUAUGCUUUGGUUGUUAGCAUGGAAAACAUAACGUUGAAUUGGUAUUUCGGGAAUGAGAGGUCAAUGCUCGUCUCAAAUUGCUUGUUUAGAAUGGGUGGAGCUGCAAUUCUGCUUUCAAACAAGAGGUCUGAUCGGUGGCGAUCCAAGUAUAGGUUGGUCCAUACUGUUAGAACUCACAAAGGUUCUGAUGAUAAGUGCUUCUCAUGUGUUACUCAGCAAGAGGAUCCUACAGGAAGGAUUGGAGUGUCUUUGUCAAAGGAUCUGAUGGCAGUUGCUGGAGAUGCUUUGAAGACUAAUAUAACUACCUUGGGCCCUCUCGUGUUGCCAAUGUCUGAACAGUUGCUCUUCUUUGCCACACUGGUGGGGAGGAAACUUUUCAAGAUGAAAAUAAAACCUUACAUCCCAGAUUUCAAAUUGGCUUUUGAGCAUUUCUGCAUUCAUGCUGGUGGAAGAGCUGUGCUGGAUGAGUUGGAGAAGAACUUGCGGCUUUCGGACUGGCAUAUGGAACCUUCAAGGAUGACACUUUAUAGGUUUGGUAACACUUCAAGCAGCUCUCUUUGGUAUGAACUGGCCUACUCAGAAGCCAAGGGGAGAAUAAAGAGGGGAGACAGGACAUGGCAAAUAGCAUUUGGAUCCGGAUUCAAGUGUAACAGUGCAGUUUGGAAGGCUCUGAGGACAAUCAAUCCAGCAAAGGAGAAAAACCCCUGGAUGGACGAGAUUCAGCAGUUCCCAGUUGAUGUUCCAAAGGUUGCAAUCAUCUAAAGUUUCCUUAAUUAUUACCAUUCCCAUUUUCAUUUGUUGUGAUGUUCAGUGGUGGUUGUGUUGGCUUUGUGAGUGAUUCAAAGAUGAUUGCAGCCAGGUUGUCUUCCAUAUUGCAAGCUUUGUAGUGUGUUCAGUCAAUGUUGGUCACUGCUAGUGUUCAAAUCUGUCACAUUUAGCAGGUAUCUUUAGGAUAAUUUCCAUGAUGGUUUUACUGUAACAUUUUCUUGGUGUCAGUUUAGUUUUAGUGAGGAGAUGGAACAUGGGAAACUAAUGAUUUGCUAGCAAAUUUACUUUUCCUGAGCUAGGACUAGAGAAGGAGAUGGCUACUUAUUUCGGAUUGACAUAUUGUUCUGCGAAUUCAUUUGAAGAGAAAUCCACAUUUCUCUUCCUUCUGAUUAUUGAUUAAUGUUUCUCAUUA